AGGAGAGCUUGAAUGGCUCUGGGCAGAUAGUCGACUGCUUCAUCUGCACUCUGCCGCAAUACGCAAGGGCUCGGGACUCGAUGCUGCUCAAUUUCACCGAGACUUGCAGCUGUCUGCAACAUCAACAGCAGCAGCUGCAGCAACAGCAACAGCAACAGCAACAUCAGCAUCAACAACAACACGAGCAGCAGCAUCAACAGCAGCAGCAGCAAGAGACAACGAUAGGCGAUGAUUUCAAUUGUUGCUCGGCCACUGCGGCAGCACGUCGUCGAGCGAUGGUGAACAAGCUGUGGUUCCGCGAGUUGGCUCGCAAGUCCUUCCUGUCGCGCGGCGGCAAGGCCGAGCCGCCGAGGGUGCGUCGCUUCACCGAGCCCCGCAGCCACUCGUACCUGCACCCCUGGUACCUGUGCUACCGCUGGGCCAUGUUCGGCCUCUGGCUCGCCGUCUGCAUCUGCUCCUUCUUCGAGAUCGGCAGCGUCGAGAAGCUCGGUUACAAGGAGAAGUGGCUCAUCUACCUGACCAACUGGGACCUGGCCCUGGGCCUUAUCCAGUCCUUCCUCGGCGUCUGCCUCGUCUGCAAGCGCUGGCGACUGCAGACCUCCAAGCCGGACUUCGAUCCCGCCCAGCUCGAGUACGGCCUGCUCGAGAGGACCUACUGGUUCCUGUACAUCGUCACCUCGAGUCUGGCCAUCGGCGUCACGGUCAGCUACUGGGGCCUCGUGCACAAUCCCAAGAUCCACCACGUGGACACGCUCAACAUCCUCAUACACGUGAUCAACAGUCUGCUCAUGCUCGUCGACUUCUUCGCGGCCAACGUGCCCUUCGAGAUGCGCAGCUUCUGGUGGGCGCCUCUCUUCGUCAGCGGCUACAUCGUCUUCAGUAUCGUCUACUACUUGGCGGGCGGCCUCGACAAGCGCGGCAAGCCGAGGAUCUACGACGUCCUCGAUUGGCAAAAGCCGCUGCUCACCUCGGCCGUUUGUCUCGGUGGCCUCCUCUUCCUCUGCCUGACGCACUGCCUGCUGCACUAUUUGGCCAGGCUACGCGACAGGGCUUACUUGAAGAAAAUCGAGCAGCUCGAGCUUGCCAACGGUGACGUCAAGGCCAAGAAAGGAGAGUCCGUCGUUUGAAACUAUCCUUCUGCCUGUGAUCGACCAGGGAGCCAUCCUGUGUUUUUUUUUUUUUUAUUUCAUCGCGAUUGAUGAAAAGACUUUUGUUGCUCAAUUUUUGUCUUUUGUUUUUUGAUCUACGGUCGAAUGGAUUCGUACCGUUUGUAUGGAUUUUUUACGACAAUCCUAUGGUACGUUUUUUUGGCGAUAAAAAAAAAGUAUUUUUUUACAUUACUUACCAAGAUUUUAGCUAUAAGCUUUUUUUUAUGUAUUAUUGACAAUCGAUGCAUUUUAUCUAUUUUUUUUCUCUCGUUAAUAUUUGAAAUACGGGAAAAAGCGAAAGAUUUGCCUUGUAAAAGAUAUAGUUGUAACCAAAUGAAAGAGAUUACUUGUACAGUAUUCUAGAAAGAUUUGGGUGAGUGGAUUUUUAGUAAUUUUUUUUAUACGAAAAGAGCAUUAUGUAUUUUACCAUUUCGAAUAAAAAUUAAGCCGACGAAAACGGAUGAGAUGAACCAUCUCCUAAUUAAAAUAUUUAUAAAUCGCUUUAAAACAAUUUUUUAUAUCUUCUUAACUUUAAGUCUUUUAUAAUCAAAAUAUCAUUAGAACUAAGAUAAUCAUUUUUCAUAAAUGUAUAGUUUGUACUGUCCAAGAUUUAUAGAAUGUUGGUGUACAUUCCUCGCCUAAAUGUAAUUCCAAAGAUUGUUUUUAGCAUGUAAGCUAUGAAUUUAACUGAAUAAACUUACAUGUGUGUUUAAAUAAGCUCACACAUUCAUUCACAUAAUUGAAAAAUAAAAUUUAAGGUUUAAAGUGAA